AAUAAUUUACGCGACUGUUGAAAGUUAGUGCAUGCGUUUUUUUCCUUCUGUUUGUAGCUUGUUAAUGGCGUCAUCAACUGCGACUGCAACGACGGGAUGGUACAAAGGAAGAGUGAAAGCUGUUCCUUCAGGUGAUUGUUUGGUUAUUGUCGCACUUUCUACUCCAAAGCCUGGUCAAACUUUGCCUGAAAAGACCAUCACUUUAUCGUCAUUGAUUGCUCCUAGACUGGCUCGUAGAGGUGGUGUAGAUGAGUCAUUCGCAUGGGAAAGUAGAGAGUUUUUGAGGAAGCUCUGCAUAGGGAAGGAGGUGGCCUUCAGGGUUGAUUACAAUGUACCGUCGAUAAACCGUGACUUUGGCUCAGUUUUUCUUGGGAAUCAGAAUGUUGCAAUGUUGGUUGUUUCUGGAGGAUGGGCAAAGGGUCGUUAUCUUAGCAUGUACCAAAGUGCCCUAGAAACAAGUUCAAAGAGAAAGAGAAACAGAGAAGAAGUAAAGUUGAAGAAUAUUAUUAAAAAAUUUCCACCUGUCUUGACACGUCAGCAGCCGUUAGUGGCUUUUAACGUCAGGGACCAUUUUUUUAGACGGAAAAUUUUGUAG